UUUGAAUUUUGUAAUGAUUUGGGAAAGUAAAUUCUGAGUUAAUAAUAAAUAACAAUUCGAAACACGGUUCUUUUUAGAAUGAUUGUUUAUAAAAGAAAAUAAGAUUGUUAUUCUGGUUUUCAUAACCUUGUAACAAUAUAAAUAUAUAGAGAAUUGUGGUCAGGCUUGUUAUGUCGCAAACAAAGAAAUAAGGAAACUUUAAGUGUAAGCAGCAAAGUUACAAUCAUGAAGAAGGUCGUAUUGUUUAAAAGCACAUCUGAAGAUUAUAAAAAAGCGUUCAGUGGCAGUAACUACGAGCCCAUAUUUGUGGAGCCCCUUCAGUUUGUCUUUAUAAACUUACAAGGACUUUCCGAGAAGUUGAUAAAGAACGAUUACGAUGGCAUUAUACUAUCCAGUCCGCGGGCUAUCGAGGCUGUUUCAAAAUGCUGGUCUCCCUCCAAAUACGUAGUCUGGAAUUCGAAACGCGUUUACACUGUGGGUGAAGUUAGCUGUCAGAAAAUAAAACAUAUGCUUGGCUUGGAUGCAUUAGGUGGCACUACCGGUAAUGCAGAAAAUUUGGCAAAACUUAUUGCUUCUGAAAACCCUGAGUCUACAAGGUUUUUAUUUCCAUGUGGAAACUUAAGAUCUGAAAUAUUACCAAAUGAAUUAGAAGCAGCGAAGAUGAUAGUUGAACCAUUGGCAGUGUAUGAAACAAAAGAAAACGAACAUCUAAGACAAAGAUUAAUAGACCUAAAUGAAAAUAUAAAUACUUGCUGUAUGGUGUUUUUUAGUCCCUCGGGUUGUGAGUACAUUUACAGGCAGUUACAGACAUUUAGCAAUAACCUCUCUUUAUUGCCACACUUUGCAAUUGGAAACUCUACAGCUCAUAAGAUUGAGAACUUGGGUGUCGAGAUAGCAGGGGUGGCAGCUAAGCCCAAACCAGAGUGUGUCUUGGAAUCUGUUGUUGAAUAUUUUAGAACAUUUGAAGCCUGUGGUUACCAACAUCUCGAUUUACGCUAGUAGUUGCCCUGCGGGCAGAACCGCAGCUCGAAAUCCCCUGGGCUAGGCAGGUAGCGUACCGUCAGCGCGUUAACGACAUGUAUAAUAACGGCACAUGCUAGAAUCAUGCUCGUGUUUAUUAUGCCUUGAGGCCAAAUAAUGAGUAAAAACAACACCGUUACUUUACAAUUUUAUGUAUUAAAUAUAUAAUACCUUUAAA